CUAAAUAUCUUUUCAUCUCUCUUCUCUCUCCCUCCACUGAAAAUAUUAUUAUUCCCAACAAACAAAAACAUGAUAAUGAGAAGCGCUUCAUCACUUGACCUUAACCUACGCGCCGCCCAGAAACCGUCUGUUCCACGGGUUAUAUCGACAGCUCGACUCGUCUCUGCUUCUCCUCGUGUUGCCAAGUCGAUUACGAGAGCUUCUUCAGAUGGAAACCUCUACAAGAUUCAGUCGCCGGAGAGCUCCAGAGCCAAAACGAUCAGCGUAUACCACGAAGAAACGGCAUCGUAUAAGGUUUUGGAAGGGUCCCGGCUGCUCCCUCAGGGAGGUUCCAACGGUGGAUUUGGUGGUCCUAGAUGCGGAGACGGUGCCGGAGGUGGCGGCGGAGGUGGAAGUGGGGGAGUAGAUAGUUAUUACGAAGAUAUGAUCCAACGUUAUCCCGGAGACACUCUUCUUCUCUCUAACUACGCUCGUUUCCUCAAAGAGGUGAAAGGUGAUGGGAGGAAAGCAGAGGAGUACUGUGAGAGAGCGAUGUUGUCUGAGAACGGAAGAGAUGGAGAGAUGCUGUCAAUGUAUGGAGAUUUGAUAUGGCAAAAUCAUGGAGACGGUGUUCGUGCUCACUCUUACUUUGAUCAAGCUGUUCAAUCUUCUCCGGAUGACUGUCAUGUUCUUGCAUCGUAUGCUCGAUUUUUGUGGGAUGCUGAAGAAGAAGAGGAAGAGGAAGAAAGUAAACUUGAAAAUGCUUUCUCUUCCUAUAACCCAUCUGUAUCAGUUGUUUCUUGACUCUGUGUGCUGAUGUUAAACCGGUGUAAUACAAUAAAAACUCAAAAGUCCGGUUUAAUCAUUCAAAAAUAUCUUUUGCACUUUGAAGAAAGACUGAUGCUAAUGUGUAGGAAAUAACGAACCAGUUAUCAGAAGUACAGAGCUGUGUAUUGUUAGGCCAUGUUUAUAGGGGGAUCACCCCAUGUGAUCUUGGGUCUUAAAAAAUUGAAAUUUAGUGAAUAGUGUCUACAAGAGCAGAUGAAAUGAUCUUAAUUAAGAUCUGUUCUCCAUGUGUUCUUGGGCUGACGUGUCCAUUUUUUGGACGUUUUAUUUUUUUUCAUUUCCAUCGUCGUUUCAUUUUUAUUUUUCUUCUUCUCCCGGAAAAGUCGAGGAGGCGAAAUCACGAGAGAUUUUUUUUUUCCUCACCGUCGUCUUUAUUCCACGAAUCGGAUUCUCCCCUCUUUCGUAUACAAAAACCCUAGUUGUCGUCAUCGUCAUCGUCGUCGUCUUCGUCGUGUCGGAACCCAGACUUUUUUCACAAACUGAUUUAGUGAAGAUGGAAUCUAAUGGAUCAGUUUCGUCGACGGCCAACUUGGAGAAGUUUCUCUGUGAGCGAUUGGUUGAUCAGUCACAGUCAAUCUCAGAGCGGUUUAGAGCUCUCUUCUCUCUUCGCAACUUGAAAGGAGCAGGACCUCGCAACGCUCUAAUCCUCGCAUCUAGAGACUCAUCUAAUCUGUUAGCACAUGAAGCUGCUUUUGCAUUGGGACAGAUGCAAGAUGCUGAAGCAAUUCCUGCUCUUGAGUCGGUUCUUAAUGAUAUGUCCUUGCAUCCCAUAGUUCGACAUGAGCAGCGGAAGCUCUUGGAGCCAUUGGUUUAGCAGGUAAUGUUGACAUUUUAAAGAAAAGCUUGAGUUCGGAUCCAGCUCAGGAAGUUCGAGAAACAUGUGAAUUAGCUCUCAAAAGGAUUGAAGACUUGGGCAAUGUUGAUGCCGAGGACCAGUCAACCACAACAGAGAAAUCACCUUUCAUGUCUGUUGACCCUGCAGGCUACUGGUGAUCCAAGUGGUUGAUGAUCCAGGCUACUGGUGAUCCAAGUGAUGAGUGGCUUCGACUUUCCCUUCAAAUCUACAAAAAGGAGAGUUUUGGACAAUAAGAAAGAAGAUUUCAACCCGCUUUCUCCUUCCGGAGUCGUCACACAUAUGACAUAUCUAUGUGCGGAUGUCAUGGAAAAAUAUAUUUGUUCCUUCCAAUGUUAUUGUGAAGCUCUUCUGCUCUUGAAUCUUGAUAUCAAUUGGCUAUGUGAGACUUAUAGCUGCUAAUUAAUGGUUAUGAUGAAUAAUUACAACUUGUAUAUAUUUCGGUAGUGCAAUAUAAGUAAAAUUUGUGUGA